UCUAUGCGCAGAUGUUAAAGGUUGACUCCGCCUUCCUUAAAAGUUAGGGUGCAAAACCGAAUCUCAACCCUGUAAACGGUAACCGGGCUUGCCAGUCUAGAAAGAGGGUAUGCUAAGGUCUGUGACUAAGUGCCUGCUGACGAAUCCUGUCAGUGUCUGUCGAAGAACAAUGUCACACAGCAGCUUAGUAGGAAAAACUGCCAUAGUAACUGCAUCCACAGAUGGAAUCGGUCUGGCUGCAGCUGAGGCCUUGGGUCAGAGGGGAGCCCAUGUCGUGGUGAGCAGCCGUCGCCAGGACAACGUAGACAAGGCGGUGUCUCUGCUGCUUAGUAAGAACAUCCAGGUUACUGGCACCACAUGUAAUGUUGGCAAGAGCGAAGAUAGAGAGAAGCUGGUGCAAAUGACAGUGGAGAAAUGUGGGGGCAUCGACAUCUUGGUCUCCAACGCAGCCGUCAACCCAUUUUUUGGAAAUAUCAUGGACUCAACAGAGGAAGUCUGGGAUAAGAUCCUGGGUGUAAAUGUGAAAGCUGCUUUCCUGCUGACCAAACUAGUGGUGCCCCACAUGGAGAAAAGAGGGGGAGGAUCUGUUGUUUUCGUGUCAUCUGUUGCCGCGUACCAGCCAAUGCAGGCUCUGGGCCCAUACAGUGUGAGUAAGACGGCCUUGCUGGGCUUAACACGGGCGUUGGCGCCUGAACUGGCACACAGCAACAUCCGGGUCAACUGCGUGGCACCUGGCGUCAUCAAGACGCGCUUCAGCUCUGCGUUGUGGCAGAAUGAAGACAUUGUGGAUGAAUUCAAAAAGCAGCUGGCCAUUAAAAGGAUUGGCGAGCCAGCGGAAAUUGGUGGAGUCAUCGCCUUCCUCUGUUCAGACGACGCCUCCUAUAUCACAGGAGAAACCAUAAUGGCCACUGGAGGGAUGAGCUGUAGACUCUAAGUGUGUGUGUGUGUGUGUGUGUGUGGGCGGGCUAGAGAGGUGGAAAAACCAGCUCAAAUGACAUCACUCUGGUCAGUGUAUCCAGCAUCACCUUCUGUAGUAGGGUGUAGCUUCAUGCUACCAAGGCUGUGGUCUAAAUAACAGACUUGGGAUGUUGAAUGUUGCCUUGUCAGUGGUGACCACUCCACGUGGACAUGGAGCCACCGAAAAAUGAAUCACAAGAACUUGAAUGAAACAUUUCAGGGAUGUUUUUGAACUCUUUGUGGAUGAUUACUUUUAAUUUCCGAGUAUGAACUUAUAACAUUUUCAAUCAACCUUCUGUCCAUCCUCCAAAUCCAUCCUCCUCACAGAUGUCAAAGUUGAUUAAUAAACAGUUUUUCUUGUUUUGUUGCACUUGAAGUAAGGUAAAUGCUCUAAUUUACUAAGUAUGCAGCAGGCACAACGUACUCCUUCACUUUAACUUCAAUACAGUGUUCAUUAAAAUAAGUCUACUUCCUGUUGUAGAU